CUACGCAACUUGAUAACGCGUUGGAUGACGGGUUCUGGAUCGACAGAACAAUAGGACACGCUUCAUCAGGAUCUGUCUCGUGAUGGGCGAAGAGAGCCAACCAUCUACUUGCCCUGCUUCCCAACGUGUGCUCGUGUGACCUCCAUAUUUGAAAUUCUCUGUGUGGCCGAUAAACGCCCUUGCAGUCGGCAGUGCAACCUGGAUUGUCCUAUUUGUUGCCUUCAGCCUGUUCAAGAGCAUAAACACACCUCUCUUCUUCUCAUCCCUUCUUGAUCAAUUUCUUCUAUCUUUGCUGCUUUUUUCUUCAUUUUAAAAAAAAGCUUUAUCAUUUGCUUCAGCGAGUUGUCAUCACCUUUGUAUCUCAUUUCAUUCUCAUCUUUCAUAUUUGUGUGCAUUUGUAUUAGCCAUCAUGACAGCUGUUUCAUAUCGACGUUCCGAAUUGCCUGUGCCAAAAUCGGGCGAUUGUAGCAUUCGCAUGGAGCCGGCCUUCGAUGCCGCAUUUAAAAGAAGAUGGUCAGAUCAAAUGGUUCUAUCCUGGAAGUUUUACUACUUUGAUUUGGAUCGUAUCAAUACUAGCAUGGAAAACAACCUAUGCACUGAAGCGAUCGCCGAAGAGUACACAAAGGUUUCCGAUUUUGUCAAAGUUAAACUCGGAGAAUUACAAAGAAGGAUUCAGCAUGCCUCCAGACAAGUGACGGAGCAAACCAGCUUAGCCAAUUUCAUAGAUUUCGAGCGAACCCUUGACGACAUUAGUGCAUCCGUCUGUGAUCUCCAGUUGUUUCAUACUUUGCAUACGGAUGCACUCAGCUUAUUGCGACAACAUAUCAACCCAUUCUUUGCUGAAAAUCUGGGCAUGCUUUACACCAAAGAUACCCUUGAUAAGAUGGUUAUGCAAGUCUGCAGUCUCUAUGAUUCGCUGCGUGCCAAUCGGGCUCCACCGGAAUCGCCUCCCUUGUCACCUAUCUCCUUAACUGGAGAGACCUUUAUUUCUCGUCGUAGCCAGGCGUGGUGGGUUCAUGCCGAUAAUUCAAUGAAUCUCAUGAUGCAUUUUCUCAAAUAUUUGUCCCUAAACUCGAAAUUGGUGAAUGGCGCCAACGACUCUAUCAGUGUGAAAGUUACAUCCGUUGUGUUGGAUAAGCCAACUCAGCCUGAUCAUUCAAAGAUUGUCAAGGUACAAUGGACCAACGCUGGCCAGGAAGUCUUCAUAAAAGCCAUGGAUGGUGAAGAUCGUACUAGAUCUAUUCGAACGAAACAAAAGUAUCUAGAACGCUGGAUAAACAAAGAAUGGAGUUUAUAUGAUUUGCUUGAUAAAUUGCGUGCUAACGGUCACGACAUGGAGGAUGUUGAGCCUAACGCAACUUUCAUUCAAAAUCUUGUCAACGAUGGCUCGACUCCAGUACUUCGCACUGUUUGUAAUCGUGUCACCUUCCAAUCUACCAGUUCACCUUACAUCAAAAUUACAAUGGACACUAAUUUGAUGAUACACCGUGACCAACUCCCAGACGGUGGUCGUUGGUUCAAGACAAGAGACGAUGACGGCGAUGAAGAUCAAAACAACUUGGACAAUUGCCAAGACGGCAUGAUUCGUUUUCCAUUUGACGUGGUCAAGGUAUCAUUUGGCGAUACCGAAGAUGAUUUACCGUAUUGGUGGCACGAGCUUAUUCGCUCCAAACUGCUUCAACAAGUUCCUGAGAUUUACAACGGCAUUGAAGGUCUGGCAAGUUUCAUCAAGAAUGAUAUGAGCAGCUUAAAGUCAUGGGU